GAUAACUUUCAGAGUUUUAGUUUCGCGUUCUGGGUGUUAUCCGGUACAUUCUCAUUCUCUCUGGUAGCAGGAGUGGUUGGCAGCGUUGGGGUGGGUGGAGGGAGCUGGUUACAACAGUUAGCGGUUUGCAAACGUGUGCUGUAACGAGUCCGGGUGAGUCGGAUAACAUUUGUGUGCGUAUACUGCAUGUGCAACAUAAUUGUGCAUGUACAAUAUCUUGCAAGAGGUGUGUGUGUGCGCGUUGCAGCUAGUGAGUGCACGCCACUUGGCAUUGUGCAAAUGCACGUAGCGUAAUCUGUGUGCUCGAGUGCGUUCUUAGAUUGUGUGCAUGCAGUCGAAAGAAAGUAGGUACGUACAGUACGUAACUUUGUAACCAUUACCGUGUCGACUAAUAAGUUGCGUGCAACUUUUGAACUACUUUGCUUGUCGUAGAAGUGGAACCCGGUUGGGGUGGUGAGUUCUGCAAUUCCUCACGGUUUGUCAACUGCCAACAACCCCAACUGGCGGAGAGAAAAGUGGCAAAGUAAAUGAUAUCUUGCCGGGGCAGGCUGACUAACAAAAUUAAUAUUACAUCUUUGGGGGGAGGGUUGAAUUGGUCCGGGAAGAUUUGUGAAACUUUUUUUUAAAGUUUUAGGAAAAUAAUAGGGUGGUAGGUAGUGUUUUUAAGGUGGUCACGGGGGGUAUCUCGUCUGAUUUUUUUUUUUUACACGAGCCAGCCGGUUUGGCACGAUUGACAACCUACGUACGGUGCGAAAGAAGUUCAACAUCAAUUUUAGUAGUAGCAGCAUCGGCAGCAGUAUUUUCUGGUUAAGUUUAAGUAGAGUUGAUACGUAACAAGAAGGAAAUCAUGAGUUACGGGGCCAGGCGUCAAAUUUUGCGGCACAUCGUCAACAACAGCAACAGUAGCAACAACAACAACAGCUACCACAGCAGCAGCAACAGUCGCAUCAACAGCAGCAGGAGCAGGUCUAACCCCAGCACCAAGUCGACUUGCAACACCAAGGGAGCUCCCAGCAGCAAAGUGACCGGCAAGAUUUCUAGCAGCAUCACCAGAUCCGACAGAAUCAGCAACAGCAGCAGCCCCAGCAGCAGCAACAACAUCACCAGAUCCGAAAGAAUCAGCAACAGCAGCAGUCCCAGCAGCAGCAACAUCACCAGAUCCGACAGAAUCGACAACAGCAGCAGCCCCACCACCACCCCCAGAUCCGACAGAAUCAGCCCCACCACCACCACCACCAGCAGCAUCAUCACCAGAUCCGACAGAAUCAACAUCAGCAGCAGCAGCAACAUCCCCAGAUCCGACAGAAUCAACAUCAGCAGCAGCAGCAAGAUGAGAUCUGGUGGCAGUAGCAGCGGCAUCAGCAGCAGCAGCAACACGGUUGUGGUGGCUCGGAGGUUGGACUGGAGUCAGGAUGAGGACAGCGGCUCCUCCACCGACGAUUCCGCCUUCAACGAGGACAGUUUCUGCUCCCCUCCUGCCGCUAUCCCACCGCCACCUCCACCACCAACACCACCACCAUCGUCUCCUCCUUCACCACCACCACCAUCAGCAGCAGCAGCACCACGCUCGGCAAGCCGCGUCGUCGUCCACCACCAACACCACCAGUGGCGUGCUUUCGACCCUAUGCCGGCUGUGCCCUCUUCACCCGAAGAUUCGCUGCUGAGCGGAGGCUCUCCCCCACCAUUCUCCCACGGUGGCACCGACGAUGACGACUGUGGUGGUGGUGGUGGUGGCGGUGGUGGUGGUGGUGGCACAGAUUACAGGGGCGAUGACUUUGCCGCAGCUCGUCGACUUGACAAUUGUGGCGCUGGCGAAGGUGGCAGUGACGACGACGGUGGUGGUGGUGCCACCUCUGCUGAUACUGCUAUUGAUGAUGAUGAUGAUGGCGGUGGCGGCACUGCUGAUGAAGACGACAAGGAGAAUCGGACCCCGCGUCGGCCCCGACCCCGAUGGGGGUUCCAGGGUGUGGGGGGCAGUCCCGACGAGGUCGGGAGGUCAUUGCGCCCCGAGUCGCCUCCGCACAAGACGAUGCACAAACUGCGACUCAUGGACUCGCCGCAUUCUCCCAAGAGCCUGAGGCAGCUGGCGCGUGCGGGCGCCGGGUUCCGCUUGGGCGCCGGCCCCGCGCGGUCCACCCCCAAGGCGGGCCCCCGCAUCAACUUUAACCCUUUCACGCCGGACUCGGUGGACGUGCUGCGGUCCUGCCUGCACAGGAGCCGCAAGAGGGAGAGCGAUGACGACCGGAUGGACAGAACGUCACAAGACGAGUGCCCGAAUCCACCCAAGCGCAUGAUGAGCAUGCGGGAGGCGGAGAUGAUGUCGCGCUUCUCCACCGAGUUCCACGAGCUGGGCGCGCUGGGACACGGCCACUUUGGCUCCGUGUCGCGCUGCGUCAAGCGCCUCGACGGCUGCGUCUACGCGGUCAAGCGAUCGCGUCGGCCCGUCGCACGCUCUGCCGACGAGCAGAGUGCGCUACGUGAGGUGUGCGCCCACGCGGUGCUGGGGCAGCACCCCCACGUGGUCCAGUACUACUCGGCCUGGGCCGAGGAAGACCACAUGUACAUCCAGAACGAGUACUGCAGCGGUGGGAGCGUGACGGACGCCCUGCUGCGCUCCCCGGGCCACGCGUUCCCCGAGUGGCGAGUGCGGCGGAUGCUGCUGCACGUGGCGCGGGGUCUGCGCUACAUCCACAGUCUGGGCCUCGUGCACAUGGACAUCAAGCCCAGUAACAUCUUCAUCGCCCAGAGGACGCUGUCGUCCGAGCUGGAGGAGGGGGAGCCGCAGAGCGACGCGGGGAGCGUGGGAGAGUCUCGAGACGUCUACAAGAUCGGUGACCUGGGUCACGUGACGCGGGUGAACAGCCGCCACGUGGAGGAGGGCGACUCGCGGUUCCUGGCGCUGGAGGUGCUGCAGCCGGACUACUCUGCGUCGCCGCAGGCGGACGUGUUCGCGCUGGCGCUCAGCGCGGUGGUGGCCGCCGGCGGAGGUCCCCUGCCCCGGAACGACGUCGCCUGGAACCGGAUCCGGCAGGGGUGGCUGCCGGAGGGGGCGGCCGUGGCGUCCCUGUCGCUGGAGCUGCGCACCCUCCUCACGGCCAUGGUGAGACCCACGGCGGGGGAGCGGCCCUCCACGGGGGAGCUGUGCUGCCACCCGGCGCUGUGCGGCGCCGCGGUUUGCAGCGUGCGGUCGCUGCGCCGCGCACUGUCGUGCGAGCGCCUCAAGAACGCGCACCUGCGCAGAGAGCUGCAGUUGCUGAUGUCCAAGGAACGUUGCCCCAGCGACCGUAAGGGAGUCGCGGGCAGAUUACGCCGUUCGAGCAGCCUGACUCCCUGACACUCGUCCACGUGUUCCAGCAGACGGGAAGUGACGGAGACACGGAUUCUGGCACCGUGGAGAUCGUGGGUUCGGAGGCGUUUUUUUACGUGUAAUAUGUCUUGAUAAAUAUGUACAUAAUGUGUUCUUUUUCAACAAUUGAGAGUACCUAGCAGAUGUCGUCGAAUUCCACACAACAGAUAAGUAGACCGCACGACAGCUUUUAGAAUCGUUAGUGCGCACGCGCGCAGUCUCCGAUCGCGCGCAGAUCAAUCGGCGUGCGUGUGUAAUGUUCCGUUCGGGAGAUGUUUUUAGUUGAUGUUUUAAUUUAUUUAAUCUGGCUUAGCCUGAAAGUCUGGCCUCGAGUUUUGUUUUACUUUGGUACUGUUGUCACCGUGAGAGCCCGUUUUCCCGACGUAAUGUGAGUCUGCUCACCUGACGGAGGUGUGUAAAUAGGUCUCCUUUUGACCUCCUGAAACACUGAGCACACAAUUGCACAGUGAGAGAGAAGUUUGGUUUUAGAUUCUGGAAAGAGUUGUGCCUUCGUAUAUAUGUGAGAAUCAAUUCCCGAGGUGCCUUCAUUCGGCAAGGGCUGGUGGUGUGGCGUGUUUUAUGCUUUUUUAACCCAGGGUUGAAAGUGUUAAUGCCUCUGUCUGUAGCAGCUGAGGUUGGGGGGGGGGGGUAGGGUUAUGAUAAUUCCCGUAACGUUGAUUUAUAUCAAUGAAAAAUAUUUUGUUGUAACGUUUGCAUUGCUGUUCCGGGGGGAACUUGUCCCGAGAUAAAACCGGCCAUGUUGAUCAAGGCAAGGCCGCUAUUCAAGUCCCGGUGGGUCAUCUCCCGCAAACUGAAAUUUGCGUGGUUGGCUACGUACGGUGGGAAAGAAAUUUAAUGUACAUACAUCGCGGCCUACCGCUUUCCAUGAGCCUGCCACGAGCGCUGUCGUUAUUAUUACCGUUGGACUUGCGUUGGAAAGGGUCGCAGAAUCUAUGCGUACCCCUGGUUGUUAUUGCCAAACUCGUGAGAAGGCCCGGUGCGUUUUAAUAACGCCACCAAACCUUUUGAAGCGAAGUUUGCAUUUUGAUUUUGUGUUUUUUUUGUAAUGUAAUUUGUGGAACUCUCUCCCGAAAAAUGUGAAUUCCACAGGGGGUGGUUUAGGUGAGAGGCUAACCAACAGCUGACGUCAGUGUAGGGUUUGCCCGCGGUGUUGAACAGUGCGAUUUAUAAUAAUGUCCUGUCUCGCAUUUUCCAAACUAAAUUCGUAUCGCGAUUAUCGUCGACGCGGCGCUGACCGUAUAUGCCGCUGGGCGGGUUUCGACGCCGGCGGCCGCCCUGGUUAAAACUCCUGGCGAGGUACCCGCUGCUGCAACGGCCGUCAACAUACGCGCCGUCCGACUCGCGGUGAGCGUUUAAAAGGUCCCGUGGCAUUGUUCGCAAAAAGAGAUGGCCAUCUGUGCGUCCGGCGACGCGGCACGCGUUUGGAAAAUUGGCACCGCAAAUUACUCGGGUGGUGGGGGGGGAGGAACCGCGUAGAGACAUCGCCCACCCCUAUUGCAGAGACUUUCCUCGGUAGGUAAGUCUCGUCGCUCAAAUUUACUUUGUCGUGAAGAUUACGGAAUUGUAAAGUUGCAGUGAUUUAGUUAAGUGACCAUCCUCACUGGAGGUCCGGCAAAACGCAAAUGCGAUGGACAUUGUGAAGCACAGUGACAAAGCUGCGGGGAGAUUUGACGUCACGAUCAUCUUCACGCCAUCAAUCGUUUUGUAGCCUUGAGCUUAGUUUUUUAUUGUGUCUUUAAGAGCGACGCGCGCGACGUUUUGCCAAACGGGUGCUGGUGAUUGCAAUGACAAUCGUCUGAAAGGAGUCUUGCGUUGCAUUGGUGUCGUUUGUUUGCUCGCGUUUUCUGCCGUAGCCUCGCUUUGUUAUUUAUUACUUGGCCCUUGUGGCCUUGAGCUGUUAUUUAACGAACGGUGUUGUGUUGAGGUUGUGCACUGCGCAGUUUAUUUUCGCCCCCUCACCGCGCUCCGCGGGAAGUUGGGUCUCGUUGCCGGAUUGCCAACGGCGGCCGCUGCCGAGGGAGGUGACGAAACGGUGCCGCACGGCUUCGGUCGCUGUGGUGCUCGUCACACGCUGCGUCAUUGGCACCGCGGUGACUAUGAGAUGUUAACUGCCUCGCCUGGUAUGGAGGAGGUGGGGUGGGUUCGAUCCCGACCCUGACACCUGCUGCAUAUUUGGAGUUUGCUGUGUCUCCCUUCCCAUGGUCGCGUGGACUUUUCUCCAGUUCCUCUGGUUUUUGCUUUCGUAUUUAGAAUUUUCACGUGUUGUUGAACUAUCACAUGUGGCAAGGUUGCUUCUGAAAAAGAGCUGCGUCGCUCAGUGGGCCUUACCUGGUGAAAUAAAAAUAGUUUAGUUUAACGAGUAAAAUGAAUUUCCUACUCAAAUGAGCGUGAAGGCAUUGGUGCACGUGUAGCGUUUACAGCCCUGCAGAGCCAGCGGUGGGAAUUCUACAUUCCUGGUUCGCCCGGUUCUGCAAUUGGUCGAUCGGCAAGUCGCAUGCGGUGGGUUAAAGUGUGGGUAAUCCCCACAUCUUCUUCCAAGGCAAUCUGGCCAACGUUGAAGCGUAGGCCAAGAUAAGCUCUCGAUGGGCUCUCCUUUAACUAGUGAGGGGCUGUACCUAGCUAGCGCUGUGCCUUUAGCUAACUAGUGCUGCAAAAAAAGUACCGUUCGGGACUUCAAAUGCUGAUGAUGGUGAUGAUGAUUUUGAAUGCGUUUGAAAUGGGCACGGUAUGAAUCGAAGCCCGUGACGUUUUGCAACUGAUCUGCAAGUGACUUUGAAGUUUACGCCGUUCUCCUGCAAUGUGCCUUGACGAAGCGGAGGCAAGAAAAUUCUUGAAAGGGUUGUUUGACGCCCGGUCUGCAGACGUCAAAGCCACGUGGCCUUAAGUGCAAGUUGUACGGCGUUCAGAUUUAGACGUUUUUGAAUGUGGACUCAAAGAGACCCUGUCCCUUUCGCGAGCUGCCGAUCAAAGUCGAUGUUGUUUUGGUCUGUUGUUUUUCUUGUGGACGUAUUUACAAUAAAUCAUCUUAUUACA